UACCAUGAAAAACAAAAGAUCCACGAAAAACUCUCGACUUAAGACAAAGUCUCAUUCCGAUUCUAACAUGGGCGAUUCACCUCCACGAAAAGGAAAGAGAAAAUCGCCUGAUCAAUCUGUUGAUAUUGUCCCUAAAAAGCAAAAGCUGCGAGAAGAAGCAACAAAAGGUGUAAUCAGUAGAGCACUUAGUUAUAUCAACUCCUUUGGCAUAUUGUCCAACAGAUCUACAACUGACGAGAAACCUACGGUUGCUGCAAUUGAACCAAGUGGCAUUGGUGGUAGAUCAAAUGGUGAUAAAACCAACGGAUCAAGUGAUAGUAGCGCCAAUGAGUCAAGUGGUAGUAGCGCCAAUGAGUCAAGUGGUAGUAGCGCCAGUGAGUCAAGUGGUAGUAGCGCCAGUGAGUCGAGUGGUAGUAGCGACAAUGAGUCAAGUGUUAGUAGCGACAAUGAAUCAGGUAGUAGUAGUAGUAGUAGUGUGAUUGAUCUUUCGUCGGACGAUGAAGAUUUAGAAAAGGAAGUAACGGACAGUGACAGCAACAUACUAUUCCAACACGGCAGAAUCUGUUUCUACAGCAGUGAUUUAAUUAGCCUGCGGCCCAGGAGAUGGUUAAAUGAUAAUGUUAUUGAUGUUGCUUUGUCUCUUGCAAAGAAAACAAAUGACGUACAUGUUUUCGAUUCGCAAUUUUUUGCCAAACUUCGUACAAUAUCCGAAUCCGAUGGUAUUCCUAAAGAUUUCUAUGCAGCCACCUCAGGCUGGUUCAGAAACGAACAACUUCGCGACAGAAAAUUCUGGCUAAUUCCAGUUUGCGAUAAAAAUCACUGGUACUUAAUAGUCGUAACCCGCCACACCUCCCGAACGCCUGUGGUCAUGGUACUGGACUCCCUCCAAAGAAAGGCAUACAGGUCAUACAAGUCCGUAGAUAUUGUAAAGGCCUUUUUACGACAGAAGUACAAGGCAGAACACAAUCGUAAACUUCAACGUGUUCUUGUGAAGAUUCUCGACGUUCCGCAACAAACUAAUAACCACGACUGUGGUCUACAUCUCCUUCGGUCUGCCGAGCUGUUUAUGAACCCAGCAGCAUCCCUUUACACAACCUUUGCCUCGUCCAAGAAGCCUUUCUCAGCCGAGGAUAACAUCUUCAAAACAAUUAAAGUAUCUACAAGAAAUGAAUUGUCGAGAAGUAUACUGCCCCUUAUUGCCAGGGGCCGUGUUUAGAUACCUUUAUUGUUUGAUACCACAAACAUCAUCAAAAUAAUUAACAACAAUAUACCAUUACAAUUGCAC